UACCACGCUUUUUAUGUCCUUAAAUGAUUUUUUACACAAUAUGAUCGUACAUAUUUCCGGGUGUUUUGUUUACUAAGUAUUUUGAUAUUAAAAGAAAAAAAUCUUUAUUCUUACGGAGAAAUCAUUUGGUUAUAAAUAUUGCAUAUCGAUGCAGCAUAUAAAAUGUGUCGUCGUAGGAGACGGAUACGUAGGAAAGACGUGUAUUUUAAUGUCAUAUGCUAACAACAAAUUUCAACACGAACACGUUCCUUCAAUAUUUGACAAUUAUAAUGCAAAUGUAAUGGUUGAUGGUAACUGCAUAGAGCUAGGAUUGUGGGAUACAGCUGGACAAGAGGACUACGACAGACUAAGACCAUUGUCGUAUCCACUCACAGACAUAUUCCUUUUGUGUUUCACAGUUGAAGGCGCAACUAGUUACCAAAAUAUUGAACUCAAAUGGUUUCCCGAAAUCCGACAUCAUUGUCAUGACGCACCACUGUUACUUGUUGGAACAAAGAUUGACUUAAGGAAUACAUAUGAAAGAAUGAAACACAAAUCACAGAAACAUGAACACACGUUUAUAACAUACGAACAAGGACAAGCAUUGGCCGAGAAAAUAAGAGCCGAGAAAUACGUAGAAUGCUCUGCAAUGACACAAGAGGGUCUAAAAGAAGUAUUUGAAGAUGCUAUUAGAAUAGUUUUACAUCACAAGAAAAUAAGACAAGAAGGUCACGGGAAGUGUGGUUUACUUUAAUUAUUAUUCACUUUUGUAGUACACGUGUUAUAAAAAUAAAUACUCGUUUUCACUGACAA